UGGAAAACUAGUAUGUUAGUUCCUGAUUUUCUUUAACUAAUGGUUGCUUUCUUCAUCUUUUUCACAGGAGAAUUUAGUAUUUUAGAUAGAAAUUUAUGUGACAGCAGUUCCUCUCUUUUGUCAUGGACUUCGUUUUAGGAGCCAGUGCCUCGGAAGUGGCUUCAGCGCUCAAGUUGAGGGAAAGAGGACAAGAUCUGAGGCCACGGCCUUGGCAGCUGGUAAUCUAGUGUUUGUGGGAGCAGGGCAGUGGACUUUUGCAGCUAGGGACGCUGAGAGCCUUUCUUUUCACUGGUGGAAAAAAUAAGUCACACCUUGUAGCCUAGUGAAAGCAGAAACUGUUUUGUAGGCAUAGUCUCUAACAGAUUUGUAUUCCAGUUUUAGUUAUAAAAUGUGCGUGUGGACUAUUGGACCAUCUAACUGACUGCUUAGAAAAUGACCUCACUGAAUUACACAGAGAACUUUUUAUACGUCUCACAGCGCCUUCUCUCAGAUCUUCAGUUGUCCCUUGUUCCAUAGACCUACGUGCAGCCAGUUCUGUAAUGUUUUAUCCGGCCCAGCUCAGAGAAGUCAGUUGAUGAAAGUUUGAUUCUGACUCACAGUUUAGAGGUGUCAGUCCAUGAUCAGCCCGGAUGCUUUGGACCUAUGGUGGCAAAUCGUGGUGGGGGACACAUGGAGGAGCAAAGCUCCUCACCUCAUAUCUGGAGAGCAAGGGAGAGAGAAAAAGAGGGUCUGGAGUCCAGAAGAGUCUGGGGACCGAUGAUGCCCUCUGAGUGUCUUCUCCGGUAACCAUAACACCUCCCCCUCAACCUCACCUCAGGUCUCAGAGAUUCCACCACCUAAGGGCACCAAGCCAAGCUGGUGCUGUUAAUACAUAAGUCUUUGGGGCAUUCAGAUUCAAAGCAUAGCACGCUGGCACUCUGACGCACAGGGAUGGUGAAAUCACAGAAAACAACAUUAAGCCCUCUUUUGAAUGACUUGCCUUCAAACAUUUGAGGGCAGUAUUCUUUAUUUUCAUGUUAAUCCCACUCGUAGGGAUUGAGCAUCCGUAUCUUCUUUCAUUUCCUCUGUUGGAAUUUCCCAGAUUGGCACUAUCUUCAUCCAGAGAGCAGUCUAUUUAACAGAGUGCUUCAGCGACUGGUGGAACUGUCAUUUAUUUUAAAACAACACAUUUGUUAAUAAGACCUGAAAUAACAUUUGCUUUUCUGAAGAUUUCUUCAUCAUGGCAGUUUAUUUUAAGCCCACAGUAGCAUCUUUCUUAAAUAUAAUUCCUACAACAACUUAGAAUAAAACAUCUCUUGGCUUUGUCUUGAGCUCCCCUCGCAGACCACUAUCCACCGCUGUGAGUUCUGGGGCCCGAAUUUAGGGGCAGCUACUCACCCAUGCCUUUGUCUCUAAUCUCAUCCCUUUGGUUCCGGUCUGUCAUCUCAAACUGUGUGCUCAGGAUGGCAGAGCCAGCCGCAGUUUACUUCCUGUAAUCUAAUAUAGCAAACCUCACGCCUCUCCUGUGGCUCCACAGCGGGAGAUCAUUACCCUGAUUUCCUCAGCCCUCUGUGGAGAUGAGUGCACUGUGGGUGCCAGCGGUGUCGGGCAACAUGAAAAAUAUGAUUUAAUUAUUGAGAAUGUUUGGAUAAACACUUGAAGUUCUUGUGCAGUCUCCUAAUUGAAUCCAUUGAUGCCUAUAAAUGUGGUAGGAAUUUUAGCAUUUUGAGGUCUUUGUUAUUCUACUUUUAGGGGAUUUUUGGAAGCAUUAUGAUUUCUUGUUGGGAGCCGCAGCCCCGAGCCCGGUCGCCUUACUUGGCGGACGUGAGGCCUGUAGGAAAGAGCAAAGCCUGAGGUAGAUUACCCCUCCCAUCGAGCACGUUAGUUUCCUGCUUACCGCGUAAGCAACCCGCUCAACAAUAUAGUCUGCCUGGCAACUGAUGAUGUUAGCCAAUCAGCUUGCCUUGCUUACUUUAACAUGAUUGGACACUGUAUCCGUAUAUAUACUGGUGCCACCCCUGGGGGGGGAAAAAGAAGCCCGGAAGUAGAAGCCCAAAAGGAGCCGCGGGGAGCGGACCAGAGGAGGCUUCGGCUGGGAGCGAUCCCAGGGCAGGCUGUACGGAGAAGGAAAAUAAAAGAAAAGGUUGUCCACUGCCAGACUUUGUCGUGUGUCCUUCCUGCCGGCCGGGAGCGGACAUCGACAUUUGGAGGCCUGCACGGGGACUGAUCACCCCCGAGACGUGACAGCGGACAACGCUCCAGUACAGAGCUUCGAGACAGGUGAGUUGGGGAUAAGCCUGGGCUCUGGGUGGCGCGCACCUACAGGGCUUUUAGACUCCCCUCAGGCUCACGCGUAAGUGGCGGAUUCCUUGGGCCUCACGCGGUGAGUAACAUAUUAAAAGAUGGGAAACAUGCUAGGUAGCAACACUAAGAGCGAGGGUGGUUGUGGAGAAAGCUCUCAAGAGCUUACAAAAGUACGCAGGGUAUUUGAGCAGGCCCAGUCAGGGAGCUCCCGAGAGGGGCCUGUUAAGGGGAAUAAAGAUGCUAAGGAGAAGGACGGGGCUCUAGCCUCGGAGUCGUCUGACUCCGAGGACGAGGAAAGUUGAAUGGCAAGGAGGCCAAAGAGACCAGCUGUCAGGAGCCUAAGUCGCUCGAUAAGGAGUCGCAGGGUUCUUUCCCAGCGUUGCGCCGCGAAUUGCGCUCCGCUCAACUUGGUCUGCGGAGGAGUAGGGAGCUCCUGAGCGCUCCCCGGCGCGAGAGGGAGGCGAAGCCUUCCGCCCCACCUUGGGGGGUGUUCCCGGAGGCGAUCCCUCGCCGCGAGGCGGCCGCCCAGGAGCUCCCUUCCUCUUCGCCAGAACAGGAAGUGAUACACGGGCCCCCAUUUUCCGCCCAAUCAUGGCCGCCGUCUUAUGCUCCGCCGCCGGCGGGUCGGUAUUUUUACAGGCGGCUUUGGCAGGGGGGACGUUUGUCUCAUGAGGUACAUCCACCACCUGGGAUAGAUAGUGGCCCCUACGGGAUAUUUCCUUUACAAGUAGCUAUGGGCCAGGGACGUAAUGCAUGGGAGCCUUUUGAGAUAAAGCAGAUUAGAGAACUUAAAAAUGCAGUUACAACCUUUGGGCCGACUGCGCCUUACACCAUUGCCAUGCUGGAGAAUCUGUCUUCUGGGCCCCUCACCCCUGCGGACUGGAUUCAGCUGGCAAAGGCGUGUCUGCCCUCGGGCAGUUACCUGGAUUGGCGAGCCUGGUACGCAGAGUUCUCUGCAGAGCAGGCUGAGAGAAACGCCAAUCGGGGAAACCGGGGGUGGAACAAAGAAAUGCUUAUGGGAGAAGGUCGGCACGCUGAUGAUCAGACUCAGUUCCCCGGCGCUGUCUAUGAACAAAUCAAUGCCAUAGGGCUCCGCGCCUGGAAGCAAGUAAGUGGUGCCGGAACAGCCUCCUUGUGUCUUUCAAAAAUAAUUCAGGGUACCACAGAGCCAUUUGUUGACUUUGUGGCCCGAAUGCAAGAUGCUGCCGAUAAGAUAUUUUCUGAUCCGGGAGUGGCUCGACCGCUGGUAAGGCAGCUGAUUUUUGAGCAAUGUACAAAGGAGUGCAAGGCAGCGAUAGCUCCUCAUAAGAACAAGGACCUCAACGCCUGGAUUAGGAUAUGCAGAGAGAUAGGGGGGCCGCUCUCCAACUCGGGAGUGGCUGCUCUCCUGGCCGCGGCUGUACAGCAGAGGGGACCUCGCGGGUCAGGAGGGGAAUGUAAGGCUAAAGGGUGUUUUGCCUGUGGGGAGCCAGGACACAUUAAACGUCAUUGCCCAAACAAUGCAGAUGCUAGGCCUCGCCCUAGGAAUGAAGAACCAUAUGUUUGUGGGCGAUGCAAGAGGGGAUCACACAAAGCUGAGGAGUGUAGGUCGGUCUUUGAUGCUCAGGGCAACCGUAUUUGUGGACGAGAUGCUAGAGAGCCAAAAAACAGCCAGAGGGGGCCCCCUUCACAGGCGGGCCCCCGCCCCAGAGACAGGACAGCUCAGGAUGGCAGCCUUCAACAAGGGCCACCCCUGGGUCAGCAGGUGUGGACCUCAGUGUCGCCUCCAGACUUAUACAAAAGGUCACCAUUAGGACGGAUGGCGUUAGGACCCUAAAUGACAUACAAAAACUAUUGGGAGACAUUAAUUGGAUUAGGCCAUAUUUACAUAUACCAAAUUCAGAUCUCAAACCCCUGUUCGACCUUCUGAAGGGAGACCCAGAUAUAGCCUCCCACAGGAGGCUCACUCCUGAGGCAAGAGCUGCCUUACAGAGAGUGGAAAAAGCCUUAGGUGGGGCUACCUUACACAGAAUUGAACCAGGGCGACCCUUUGAUGUCUGUUUGCUACAGACUAGUCUACAGCCCACAGCGGUGAUUUGGCAGAAAGGACCAUUACUGUGGAUACACCCUAAGGUCUCACCUGCAAAAGUCAUAGAGCAUUACCCGGAGGCAGUCGCUUCAUUGGCCCUUGAAGCGCAUGAUAGAGCUGUCCAACAUUUUGGCUCAGGACCACAAGCCAUCCGAGUACCCUAUACCGCCAGCCAGAUCAAGACCCUGGCUGCCUGCAUAGAUACAUGGGCCAUUCUGAGAUGUGUUUUCCAUGGGGAUAUAAACAAUCAAUACCCUAAAGACCCUAUCUUGUCAUUUGUUACUCAGCACCCUGUAAUUUUUCCAAAGGUUACUGCCUCUGAGCCAUUAGUCCCAGCAACUACAAUAUACACAGAUGGCUCCAAGACGGGGAUAGGCGCCUAUGUGAUCCUAGGCAAGCCCCCAGUUACCAUACAAUUUGAACCUGAUCAGCCUCAGGUGGUGGAACUGCAGAUCGUUAAAAUGAUUCUUGAACGGUUCUCAGAAGCCAUUAACAUUGUCUCCGAUUCUAGGUAUGUGGUCAAUGCUAUGCAAGUGCUUGAGACUGCCGGUUUAAUUAGAUCCACUUCCACAGUGGCUGGGCUGUUCCUGUCUAUCCAGACAUUGCUUCAGAACAGACACCAUAAGGUCUUCACCACCCACAUAAGAGCACAUACAUCCCUGCCAGGGCCCAUGGCACAGGGGAAUGCGGCUGCUGAUACUGCCACUCGCCCGUUAUGGAUUUUUACCUUACUAACACCAAUCGAGCGAGCCCGUGCCUUCCAUGAUAAGUUUCAUGUCAAUGCCAGGACACUAGCAAACCAUUUCCAUGUUUCCAGAGCAGAUGCACGAGAUAUCGUGCGACUAUGUGACUCCUGUGCCACAUACAAACCUGCCAUACCGAUGGGAGUAAACCCUCGAGGUUUGAUCCCUGGUGAUGUUUGGCAGAUGGACAUCACACAUAUACAGGAGUUUGGAACUCUUAAAUAUGUUCAUGUUUCCACAGACACCUGUUCUCACGUCAUAUUUGCAACAGCAGAAACAGGUGAAAAAGUGUCUAAUGUGAUCAAUCAUUGCCUGGCGGCUUGGGCUGCAUGGGGCAAACCAAAAAUAUUAAAAACUGAUAAUGGACCAGCCUAUAUAGGCAAAGCCUUCAAUGAGUUCUGCAAAAUGAUGGAGGUUCAAUUAAAACAUGGUAUCCCAUACAAUCCCCAAGGUCAAGGAAUCAUUGAGAGGGCUCAUAGAAGCCUCAAAGAAAUUUUACAAAAACAAAAAGGGGGAGUAGGCCAACGCCUGGCCCCAAAGGCAUGAUUAUCCAUGGCACUAUUCACACACAAUUUUUUAAAUUUAAAUAAUGAUAAUCGCUCUCCAGCUGUGGAGCACUGCAACCCUUCCCCCAACCAUAAAGGGUGGGUGAAGUGGAAAGAUGUCCUGACAGGACAAUGGAUGGGCCCGGAUCCAGUGGUCAGCUGGAACCGAGGCGCGGUUUGUGUUUUCCCACAGGAAUCGGGACGAGAACCACUGUGGGUACCGGAGAGACUGACACGGGCGACAAAGCCCUCGACUGAAGAUCAGACCUGCCCUACCGGAGAUCCAUCACAGACCAACCAACAAGAUGAAUAAAAAUAGCGGUAGCCCGAAAUGGACAAGAAGAUCCUCAGGCAUAUGCAUGGCUCGCUCGCCUAGCCUACGACCGAGUCUAGGGACGGUGAGCUUCCCACACUCCUCCUCUAAAAAAUUAUGACAUAGCUGGGUAGGAGAGUCAAUGACGGGUAAGAGCGUACUCCCCCGGUGCGACUCAACCUAAGCCAGGCCCUACCCCAUCCUGCACGUAAGCCGCUGGACUGUUAGAUGCUGCCCAGGUCUAAAUUUCUCUCCGAGGGGAUUUCUUUACGGAGAGAAAAUGAGUGCAAGCUUGUGUGCAUCCAGGUUCCGUCCAGUUUGUGCCUGGCCCUAGAAAAAGGAUGAGGGCCUCAGGGCCUUGGCAGACCAUGGGACGGCCGACCAGGGUCUAAGCCAAGGACCUACGGUGGGCCUACACAUAGGGCAUAAGCCUCUGCACCCAGUCCAGGAAGGGCUACGAUGCGCACAUUCAUAAAAAAUAAAAAAGGGGGAGAUGUUGGGAGCCGCAGCCCCGAGCCCGGUCGCCUUACUUGGCGGACGUGAGGCCUGUAGGAAAGAGCAAAGCCUGAGGUAGAUUACCCCUCCCAUCGAGCACGUUAGUUUCCUGCUUACCGCGUAAGCAACCCGCUCAACAAUAUAGUCUGCCUGGCAACUGAUGAUGUUAGCCAAUCAGCUUGCCUUGCUUACUUUAACAUGAUUGGACACUGUAUCCGUAUAUAUACUGGUGCCACCCCUGGGGGGGGAAAAAGAAGCCCGGAAGUAGAAGCCCAAAAGGAGCCGCGGGGAGCGGACCAGAGGAGGCUUCGGCUGGGAGCGAUCCCAGGGCAGGCUGUACGGAGAAGAAAAAUAAAAGAAAAGGUUGUCCACUGCCAGACUUUGUCGUGUGUCCUUCCUGCCGGCCGGGAGCGGACAUCGACAAUUUCUCAUUAUUUUUAAGAGUUUGUCUCUCUGGUCUGGUGCCCAGCAUUGAAUGGUGUAGUGAAGUGUCAGGGGCAGCCCUGCAGGACGCUGACUCAGGUCCUAAAAUAAUCCCAGCUGCAAAUUAAGGGGCGGACUCUGAAAAAGACACUGAGGCUUGGAGAACACGUUCAAGGACAGAGGGAUGAAGAGAUGGGCUGUUGUCCAUAGGUCUGAAAUGAGAUGCAAAUAUUGGCCUACAGGCAUUUUCUGCUUUACAAGGAAAUAUAAUGAAGCAUGAACCACAGAAUGACCUCUGGGAUGCAGCCAGGUAGACUCCAGGGAAAGGUUAAGGGGUUUUGUUUUGGUUUUUCUCCUUAUCGCACAUUCAGGAUUUAAAAAAUGUUUUAUUGGCCCGGUUUUAAUCAUAUCAGUGAAAACAUCUUUCCUACAGUCCUGAUAUAGUUUCCUCAACUUUUGUCUGAGAAAUCAGAAGCUGUCGUGCGAGAUCAGAGAUAUUUUUUACUUCUAAGGAUUUUUGUGUUUAAAUAGUUUUUCUCCCCAAACCUACUAAUAGAGAGUUUAGGUGAUGGACUCAGUUCUUUCUAAACCCCAGGGAUCUUUCUGUGAACAUUCUCUCCUCUAAAUAUGAGACAGCACACACAGCACAUGACUAAGUUUCUGCUGCUCAGCAAGUACUUUCCAAUUUUCUCCCUUCACCGUGGAUCCGAGCAUUCUAAAACCACUGUCUCUCAGUGCUUUGCCUCAUAACAGAUAAAUAACAGAUUAAUUUGAAGGAGCUUAUAGGAAAGUGCCGCAGCUUCACUACAAUGUCAGUAAGGGCUCAGCUCAUUCCGGCCAAUUCUUGUUUGCUGCUUCGGUUUGCUUUGUAUUUGUUGUUUGGUUUUGUUUCUUAGUGAUCUCAAGACAAUGAAUCUUACUCCUUGAAAAAUCAGAAGGCUGUUUUGUAUGACCUGGAACUCUACCAUUACUGAACUUAAUAGAAGGAUGAGGCUCUAUCCCCACAGAGAAGAAAAUCAUAAAUCAGUAGAAGAGACCGUGGCCAGAAUCCCUGUGAUGUACCUGGGAGAGUCAGAAGACACCUGACCUCAACUGUUUCAGGAGGAUGGGAAGCUGGUGGUGAGGACAAGCAUUUGCAUGAGUUUCCCAUGGGAUGUGAAGGCUGAUGCCACUUGUGAAAGAGAGCUGGCUGAUCACUGUCUGUGCCGGGCAUCCACUCAGGACAGUACCUGUGCCCUUCUACUGUGACAUGUGUUUAAUUUUGACCUUGUACUGUGGCUUGGAUAAGUGUCUUCCAAAGAUCUACAUAGUAAACGCUUGGUCCCUUGGGUGAUGUGCGUGAGUGGUGGGCCCUACACGACAGUGGCCUAAUGGAAUUGUUUGUGUAUUGGAGGCAUGCCCUUGAGGGGGACUCUGGGCCUCUUUCUGUUAUAGAUUUAAAAACUGGUAGUCAACUUAACGUCAGCGGAAUUAAAUCACCAUUGUGCUGAGCAUAGAUGUUCCACCUGAGGAAAGUUGCCAGCAUAAAUAGAGAUGUGGAGAACAAGGCGUUGAGGCGUUAGGUAUCGUGGGUUUCACUAAGUGUUGCUGUUUGAGUCGUUGGUUUUCCUGGAGGAGCUCUGGUCCUCACAUCGCGCACUGCUUCCUGGCUCCCGAGGGGAAGACAUGUGACACUCAAUUUCCAGGACAAACUUGUCACGCUGGCUUCCUGGCAUGCACUCGGCUGUGCUUUUCGUCAGAGCAGCUCAGGACUUCUAUGCUGCUGAGGAUGGCUGUGCUGCUUUCAGGACAGCCCUGGUCUUUAUUAUGAGUGUGACUUCUCGACUCUAGCAUAGAACCCUCAACCUACCAGCCCAGCUCCAGCUCCUUCACCCUGCUAGCAUAGACUUUCUGGCUUCCACCACUGACCUUUGGGCAUGGAUUCGCAAAAGAGACUGGCAUGAGUCCUUCUUGUGGGCUCUAGAUCUUCAGUUGGACUUGUGGGAGGCAUUGUCAUGAGCUCUGGGUCUUCAUCUGUACUCGUGUGGAACUUUGCUGUGAGAUUCAGGCCCUUGGCUGAAUAUUCUAUAUCUUUGGUGUUGUGGACAGAUUUCCUGCACUUUCUUGUGUUAACUCUGGGUGACUGUCAUAAAAUAUUAUAAAUUCCAUGUCCUCACAAGCCCUGACUACAACAUCUUUUCUCCCUGUCUCGCUUCCUGGUCAUUAGGAGCGCAGUGUCCCCUACUGUGUUUGCUCACCACAAGGCUAAAAGCAGUGAGAGCAGUCACCCAUGGACUGGUGCCUCUGAAAACAUGAGAUAAAAUAAACUUUAUGCGCUGA